AUGGAGAUGUUGAGCUACGAUGAGGACGGCCAGCAUUGUUCCUUUUCAGGGACUGUGGGCUUGACGCCGCCGAAGCUAACACUGACACCGAUCUCGACGCCGUGUAUUCGACCGGAGCAACGACAGCCGGUCAAGAUAAGUGAUCGUCUUCUCGACAUUCCGUGUAAAGUAUGCGGUGACCGUAGCUCGGGGAAGCACUACGGUGUUUACGCCUGCGAUGGGUGCAGUGGUUUCUUCAAGCGAAGCAUCCACAGAGGCCGAGUCUACGUCUGCAAGCAACAAGGGAAAGGAGGAGGAGAUUGCCCCAUAGACAAGACCCAUCGCAACCAAUGCCGGGCAUGCAGGCUUAGGAAAUGCUUCGAAGCCCAGAUGAACAAGGAUGCUGUGCAACACGAACGUGGUCCACGCAAGCCAAAGAAUAAGCCUAUGGUUUCGAUAGAUGCCCGAUCGACAGGAACUCCUGGUACAAUUCGAUCCCAGACCCCAACCAGUACGACAUCGUUAAGCCCCUUGCCCCGUCAUACCGGGCACUCAAUCUUGCCCUUAACCAUACCGCACCGCCCCCUAACCGGGGACAAGUCCUCGCUUACAGGUGCCUCAGCCCCGCUGCCUCCCCCGUCGAGUGGCUUCAUAUCUACGUCUGUUUACUACGGAACGUUCUACCAUAGCUUACUCACCGCAGAGCACUACAACAUCAACCCGCUCGCGCUGGACGCCGUACGGCAGGAUGACGGCGGCGAGCUUAUCCUUCUUGAAGAAACCUGGAGAGACUUGUUUCUGAUGGGGAUGUGUCAGUGGGCGGUCCCUCUCGAAUCAGACGCCCUCCUUAAAUCCUUAGCGGUGAGCAUGAGUGUGAAGGGAGUCAAGACUUCAGCCGAAACUACGGCAGAGCUCGCAGCGCAGGUCCGCUACAUGAAGGAGACGGUUGCUAAGCUACGGGCGAUGAAAGUCGACUUCACCGAGUUCGCGUGCCUGAAGGCUAUAGCAUUGUUCAAAUCAGAGACCCGUGGUCUGAGCGAGCCCCAUCGCGUCGAGUCUCUCCAAGACCAAGCCCAGGUCAUGCUCGGGGACUACGUACGGUACGCUCACCUCUCCCAACCCCCACGGUUCGGCCGACUUCUCCUCAUGCUCUCUGCUCUUCGGGCCGUCAGCAGCAAGUUUUUAGAGAAGCUCUUUUUCAAGCAAAUCAUCGGAGAGAUACCGAUCGAAAGAUUGCUCAGUGACAUGUUCCAGACUUGUUAGAUGAAUUACCACGAUUACUUUAAAAAAAAACAACAUUACAUUAAAUUCGAACUAUUUUGUUUGCAGGUUGUUUUGUUUAAUUGAUUCAAAUAAAACUUAAAUAAACUAAAUGGCUAAACGAUUUACACAUCAAUUUAGCCAGAUGUAUCAAAUAUAGCUUGGGUG